CCGAUAUUAUGAGCCGGCUGCCAAGAACUCAGUUCCUUGCCUGACUUUGUUUUGUGUACCAAAUUUAAGUUUCCGCUGCUAGAUAAAAUAAAUUGAGUAAUAUUUACUACACCAGAAAUGGAGGCCGACGACGACUUCGUCCUGGACAAUGAGGCAGCAGAGAUUCAACGAUUGGAGCUGCCUGAAGAGGAAAAGAAGUCUACGGAUCCCGAGGAGGAGGACGAACGAAUAGCACGCAUUGAGUUCCUGUGCUCUGGCUGUGAAAUGCACGAGAUGGUUCAUUACUUUGGAAGGAAACCUCCCUUUUCCCUGGGAAUUAAGUAUUCGGAGGACAACUACGUGAUGAGGGAUCCCUUCCAGCCACCUCCACCACGCUGGCAGUCGAAGGCGGAAUACUACAUCUCUCUGGGGGCCAACUGCUCCAUCUGCUCCAAGACGGUGUGCAAGGAUCCUGGUUGCAGUUUCUACUACACAGCCACGUUUUGCUUGCCUUGCGGUCAGGAAGAGCUCAAGAACUGGCCAGUGGAGGCUCAGGCACGAAUCCGAAAGCAACUUUCAGCCAGUCAAGGCAAUAAGAAAUAGUCUAUAAAACGGUUUAUAUAAAAUGUUUAUUAAUGAAAUUAUGUUUAAGUUUCCAUUUCGUGGGAUGGAAAAUCAUACCUUACAAUGUUGUAAGUUUGUAAUAUAUAAUUGUACUUUUAUAUUGCUACGUAUAAACACAAACUUUAAUAAGUUACUUAACAA